AUGCCAGACCGUCGCUGGGCCAAGCUCAAGGCAAAGCUGUUAUUGCGACGAUCGUCGUCGACCUCGUCCGCUCCCGCCGCCACCAGCGACAUUAUUGCCGAGAACAAUCCCCAUGAUGUCCACGCCCAGCAAAGCUGCGCCCCCGAACAAUUGGACGAGUCGAUCGCGAAUUUUCCCCCAGCGCGACCCAUCAGUUCCAAUCGGCGCGCGAUAUCAUUGCAGGCCGUGCCCCAAGCCUUGAAGCUGAGGAAGGAGGAGGACGAGGAGGAGGAGGAGAGGCAGGAAGAGGACGAUCGGGCGAGUGCAGCUGAAGGGACGCGGACAUCGGUGAUUGGCCCGAAAGGCGGGCGGUCGAGGGGAUCAUUGGAGGAGGAAGAGAAGUUCGAGAAGUUGGAGAACUGCAACUUCAAAUCGAAAUCCUCCUCUCGCCCCGAACCGGUCGCAGAACAACGUGAGGGACAACGGCACUCGCUCCUCGUUCCUCCAGGUGCCGGUGCCGGUGCUGGUCCCAGUGCUUCCCGCCAGCGUCAGCAUCAGCAAUUGGACGCGACAACUUCUUGCGAUCGUGUUCGCCCCGCGCCCUGCAGGCGUCACAGUCACGGUCCCUUUUCCGAGCACGUCCUUUCCCCACCCCCGACAACUCUAUCGCCAGAUCUGCUCCCUUCGCCUUCUCCGACCCCUCCUCCCCCUGUCUCUGAUCGUGGUGUUGUCUCGCCGUCUUUCCAAUUUGGCCACACUCAAGGCCUUGAUCGCCUGGGGCCUACGGUCGGGGAGCCGCAGUUGCCCGUGUUGGAUGUCGUUGCGGAGAAUCCGACGGUCGAACCAGAAUUUCAGUCCUCCUCCAACCAUACCCCCGCUGCUUCCUUCCCAAAGCGUCCCAGUUUAGGCUCCCGUCGUCAGUCGCUGCUGGCCCCGUCUCAUCAACACCUGAUCAACAGCUUGUUGGACCCCGGUGUGACUGCAGAGCCUGAAACCAACGGUAACGGUCGCUCCGCCACCUACAGCACAGGCAUGUCUCGCAAGAUCUGGGUCAAGCGGCCAGGCGGGUCGGCCACCUUGGUCCCCAUCUCGCUCGAUUCUUUGGUGGACGAGCUACGGGACCAGGUGAUUUUGAAGUACUCGAACUCGCUUGGCAGAACCUUCGAUGCCCCCGAUAUUGUCAUUCGCAUUACUCCGCGAGAUGGUUCGAACAGGCAGGCCACUCCCGAUCGGAUGCUUAGCCCCGAAGAGCCGCUGGCAAGCGUGGUGGACACAUAUUACCCGGGAGGUCAAGCUAUCGAGGAGGCUCUAAUAAUCGAUAUCCCUUCGCGUCGCACUCCCAAACCCUCUCCACGCCAUUCAGUAUACUACAACCACCAUCAUUCCGAACCGGGCGAGCAUGGCGAGUACUUCCCGCUCAUGCCGGCGAAUCCCAGCGUUCCCACGCCGCCGACGCAUCCGUCAAACUCGUCUGCCAGUGUUAAUGCUCAUCCCGCCCCAUCAAUAUCGAUCCUGACGACAGGAAUGGCCCCUCCGCUACCAUCUCCAGGGAGUCGCGGGACUCGACAUCCCCGUCGGCCGCCCUUGACUCGUCAUGCCACAAACUCACCCACCAUCCUCAAUCAGGCGCCAACAGCGAAAGACCCCGGAAUCGUCCCCAGUAGUAUCCCUCCGCAGCCUGCUCCGUCCAUCCCUACUCCGCCAGGCCCGCCGCCAGAAUCCCCUCAGGCCAAAUCCCUGACUCCUCCAGCACGCGGGGCAUCACCGCGUCCACGUCCCUCCACAUCCUCCGCGAAGCCGAAGAAGACCAGCGCAGCACAAUCAUUGAGCGGGGUCUUUGGAGGCCUCAUCGAGGGCACGGUACCGCCCAUCAACGUCUUGAUCGUGGAGGACAAUAACAUCAACCAACGUCUCUUGGAAGCUUUUAUGAAACGUCUCAGCGUUCGCUGGAAGUGUGCGGCCAAUGGUGAAGAGGCGGUGAACAAAUGGCGCCAGGGUGGUUUCCAUCUCGUCUUGAUGGAUAUCCAGUUGCCCGUCAUGAACGGUCUGGAUGCGACGAAAGAGAUCCGCAGGCUCGAACGCCUGAACGGCGUCGGUGUGUUUCCCAAGACCGCUGACGGGCGUCGGGAACCCCUGAAGGCAGAGGAUACAUUACACGAUCUGUCUCUGUUCAAAAGUCCCGUUAUUAUUGUAGCCCUGACCGCGAGCAGUCUGCAGAGCGAUCGUCACGAGGCUCUGGCAGCUGGCUGCAACGACUUUUUGACCAAGCCGGUUCGCUUUGAAUGGCUGGAGCAGAAAGUGACAGAAUGGGGCUGCAUGCAAGCCUUGAUCGAUUUUGAAGGCUGGCGCAAAUGGCGCGGUUACGCCGAUGACACUCAGCCUUCGCCCACGUCUGAUGGUCAUACGAGUCCCAUGCAAACUGGCGGGGACGGAACUUCGCGGAAACAGUCUCCUGUUAUUCCGCUCUCACCAUCCUCUACCUUGAGUCAAGGAGCCACCAAAAAGGACCGCAAAACCCCCAGCUUCCCUAAACCCAUCGACGUUACACCCGAAGACUCUUCCGGCAGUGGUAGCGGCGAGGGCUUGGACUCACCUGCCAGUCCGGUGACAUCAGUCCCUGUUCCAGAUGGGCCUGCAGAUCCUGAUGCACUCUGA